AUGGAAGAGGCCGAGGAGCUGUGCGGCUACUUCGAGGGCUACACCACGCAGCGCUUCGUCAUCAUCUCCGUCUUCUCGCUUUUUUCUUUCUUCGGCGUCAUCGCCAAUGCGGUAUGACACCAACGGUUUUCCUCUGAUAUAAUUACCUUUUUAAAUUAAUUUUUAUAGAAACUUGAUUUUUCGAGUAAAGUGUUGAAGCAAUGUGCUUACUCUACAUGAUAACUAAAGUUUUUUAGUCAAGAUUUUCGUCAGCUGUCAAUUUUUAUAGAACUGAAACGCUUGCAAGAAGUGGUUCAUCAUCAUCAAAAUAAUCAUUGACAAAAAAACUCAUCAAAAAAAUUAAAAAAAUCUUUUUCCGAGUUGUCUAUGAAUUGAAAAAAAUGAAUGUUAAAUAUUUACGAUACUGCACCUAAUUUUUUUCUUUUUGAUUUCAUCUAUUCUUCAUAUGUAUCGUUUCUCAAAAAUCUCUUCUUUGAAACACUAUUCUGUAUCAUAAGUCUAUCGCCAUAUAUGUGCACUUUCUAAUUAAAAAAGAAAAAAACGUCAUUCAGUCUAUUUACCCACUUCCUUUAUUGGGCGAACCCGUGAAUUUCUAAACUGUUGACCCAUACGUUGAGCCGAAAGCUUUAUUCAGAAUUCAAUGAAGAAUCGGUAAAGUCGAACAACCAAUCGUUCAAAAAUUGGAAUUGAAGUGAUUAAGGUCUUAAUUCAAGGAAAAUUGUUUUGCUUGAAACUUUAAAACUCUGAAAUUGGUCGGGAAGUCAUUCAAUGAAUUACGUUAAUUGGAAAUGAUUCUUUUUUUUCUGAUUUUCAUUCUUUUCACAAUAAAAUAAACUUCCAGAAGUUUGUCGCGUUGGAAAUACGUUGUCGACAACGCCAUUGAUUUAUAUUCUUUAUAUCUUUUGUGCACUUUAAUUUUCAUUAUGACCUGUUCAAAUUAAUUUUAAAAGUUUCAUAUAGCUGAUGUAUAGUAAAAAAGACGAUUAAAUUUUGGAGAGUUAGAAGUUUGAAUCAAUAAUUUCAGAAAACGCAUAAUAAUCACAUGAUUUUUUUUUCGAGGAAAGGCUCAUUUCCAGUUUACCAACUUGAUAUUCAAUUCAACUUUUGAUGAAGCCACAACUCGCUCAUGUUUUUAUUUUCUGAGAACAAUGUUUCAAAGGCUGCUCUCCUGAACGGCGCGCAAGAAACUGAAAAAAAAAAUGAAGUGUUUGCUGUCUAAACAAGACUUUCAGGUUCUCAAUCUGAGUAUAUCAAACAGCUUUUUCAAGAGCAAAAUCACAGAAAACUUCAUAAUUGUGAAAAUACCCUGUCCCAUCACUAGUUUUACAGAGAGCAAAAUAUUUUUUGCGAAACCCUAUAGUGGUGACUUGCAGCUUCUGAUGGCGGUGUUCCGGAGAACUCUCGGCUCCUCGGUCUACCUGUUCGCUUUAUCGAGCUGCGACCUGCUCAUAUGCCUCACUUACCUGCUUCUCUUCGGCGUGGAUGCCGGCUUCGUGUACCUGAGGAAUACGGUAGCCACGGCCUCUCGACGCCAAUAACUCGUUGCAGACGUUGUUCUUCCUCUAUCACCGGUACAUUGUUCCUGUCUUCUUCAUGGCCAAAGUCGUGCAAUUCGCCAUCCCCUUCAUCCUCAUUCUCAUCACGUUUGAAAGAUAUUUGUGGACGACACGAGAAAAAACCAGGUUUAUUCGAAAAACAAGCCUUAUGGAGGAAGAAUAGUUUGGAAUAGAAGUAACAGAGCUCAUUGUUGUUUCACUCCUGUCUUCUUUCCCGAAAAGAAGAAAUUUCAGACAAAUGUUCGCUGUUGUGUUCGAUGAAAAAGGACGAAAUAUAACGAUUUGCGUUGUUUUCGUAAUGAGUGUCGUUCUACGAGUACCUGUCCUCUUUGCCACCCAGGUUUUUCUUUUCUUUUCACAGCAUCGGGUUUUGCUACGAGUUUUUCGAAAGAUCAGAAAAAAAAAAUCCCUGGGGCCUCGUCAUCUGGCUGUAUCCGAUUAUCUUAUCCAAUACCGCUUUUUGACGGAUUCGACCUUCUGCCUCGGAGGCGUGUCCCCAGGGAAUCAGUAGUUUUCUUCUUCAUUUUUGAUUGCGCCUCUGCCAUACUUUCCCGCAAUUACGGCAGAGUUGGUUCUUCGGAAACUUAUUAAAACAUUUCGAAACUUGAAUUCAUGACCCUUACUAAGGCAAUGUAAUAAUCUAAGGAAGUAAGAUAACUAUUCCAUAAAAAGAUACCAAGAAAGGUGUCGUUUGAUCUUAACAAUAAGUUGACUGAAAAUCGAAAAACCAACCCUCUUCACUGACCUUUUUUAGCUUAUUUAUUAUGAAUUCGAAAAAUGAAGAAAGCACUGGUCACCAGACUAUCGCUUCUCUUGUUUUUGUAUAAUAUUUAUAUAUUAAUUCAAAGAUUGACGUCAAUUGACUCGGUUCACGUCUUUUGCAAACGGAAAGGCAGGUCUGUGAAGACGUGUCUUGUUUUUUUUUUUAUUUCUCAAAUUUCCCUUGGUAUAUUUAUACGGCGAACAUUCUAAGUUCACAAAUAGCAAUCUAAACAUUCUGUAAAUGAAGGUCAGAAGACACCGCAAAAGGCCAUUUCCCACCUAAUCAGUGAAUGUUUUUAGCUCCCGAUUGAACUUUUGAUAGAACUUUUCUGAAGUGUACUUUAGGACCUCCUGUUUCCAGAAAAAAAAUAAAAAAAUUCUCGCAGUAGGUUUUUUUCUUCGUGUAAGACACUUCACAACCUUAGCGCUUUUUGUCACAAUUUACGAAUUUUGUAAACUUCGAAUCCUCUUAACUCGAAAACCAGACCUAAUGUGAGAAUUUCUUUUAUUGUGGAAUCAGAUGGUCCGAAAGUAAACUCCCGCAAAGUUUCAUCAAAAGGGGCUAAAAACGUUUCCUAGUAAGUUGCCCAAAGUUUUAAAUAACAACUUUGUUAGACUUGAGAAUACUGCGUUUGAUAUCUGUAGUAGUUCUGUUUUGUCAAAAUGACAUAGAAUCAGUUGUCGUUUGACGCGCCCAUGAUGCUAGGUUUCCUGCAAGUCAGAGCUGCAGGUGAAGGAGUAUCCCGCGUGCGACGACUACUUCCGGAGCGAAUCUGUGUCGCCGACGGACUGGGCCAAGGAUAGCUACGCGUAUCGCGUCUUCGACUUCCAGAUCAUCACCGCCGUCCAGAUGUUCUUCCCGUUCUUCGUUCUGCUCAUCCUCAACCUCGUCAUCAUCAAGCGGCUUAUCGCCGAGAAGCACGUAAGUGGGACGGCUCUUCAAUUUUCCAAUUUUGCGGCAAACUGACAGCAAGUUUUUUUUUCCGCAUUUCGAGCCAAAAAGCGUCCUGCGAACACGGAAUUUUUCUCCCUACUGAAAUUUCGAGAGAAGGAACGUACAUCUUGAUGGCAAAGACGUUGCUUUUUCUUCUUCUUCAAUUUAUGUCAGAGAAAAUGACAAUUAAAGACGAGCUACGGACGAAUGAACAAGUCAAGUAAACCUUAGAAGCAUCACCGUGGUCACUUUUUUUUCUCGAAAAUGACUUUUUCAGUCAAAAGUUUUUCAGGAUUACGCGACGAUGAACAGCAGCGGCGGGGUGCUGACGUCAUCGUUGGCGACGAAGAAAAUGUCGUUCGGACCAGGAAACUUGCCGGAGAAUUACGUUCUCCUCGAAGUGGCUGCUGAAGUGAUGCGCGAGUCGCUGCUCCACAGGUGACAGCAGUUAUCGAGUCCGGCUCAACGCUUCGUGUACUUCCAUUGUCUGCUUUAGGGCCUUUUUUUGCUUUUUAUGCUUUUGCAUUAGACUUGCUUCGCCUCAAACUGUGAAGAAGAGAAGCCAACCAGAGAUUUUUUUUUCGCAAGAGCGAACUUUGAAAAAGUGACAAAAAGCAAUGCGCUGCGCCUUUUGUCAAAGGAAAAAAGUGCUUUUUUUAUUGCUGAAUCGCUUUUUGUGUAACUAUGAAAAUCUUCUGAAGCGACUCCUCGAAGCGAUCGUCAUUGGCGCCGGCCGCGAACUCUCGCCGCCAGAGUAUGUUCCAAGACGUCGUUAUAGAGCUCAAGGAGUGAGUUGCCGUCAACGUCUUCUCCCUCUUUUUUCCCUUUAGCUUCUACUCGUUUUCGUCUGUGAAAUUGUUGUGACGGUCGCCUUGAAUAAUCAAGAUCCAGACACGUACGAAUUAGCUUUUCCAGGUCGUCAAGGUCAAAACGUUCACAACUUCGUAACGCCAUCUACACUAUGCUGGCCAUCGUAACUUCUUACCUAGUUUGUAAUGGAAUUCACCUUUUCCUGACGUUCCUGGAACGGUUUGAAUCCUCUGUGCUCUACGAGUCUGACGAUCAGAGUCAAUCUAGCAAUUUUUAUAUAGGUAAUUUUUCAAACAUAAUAUCAAUAAUGAGAAAUUUUAUGGUAAAUUGCGUUUUCAGUGUCAACGAUGAUCUCGAAAUAGACUGAAAACUUGAUGUUUUUUUUUUCAGUGCUAUCCGAUAUGGUGUCAAUAGUCUACAUGGUCUCAUCGGCCAUCAGAAUAUUCAUCUACGCCAAGUGCAACCCGAAGCUUCGCGUUGAGAUUUCAAACUAUUUGCGGCGGCGGGAAUCAGUUUCAGGCCACUCCUGA